UUGGUUCCCGAAUAGAAUUUUGUCUGGUUCCCAGUCCGAACAGAAACUAAGAAUCUAAACAAACUCAGAAGUUGAAAGAAAAUUUCGAGAAUAAGACAUGGCAGAAAAAGAAAUUCUUAUUGUUUCAGCAGCAAGAACACCUGUCGGUAAUCUCAAUGGUUGUUUGUCAAGUCUAGCAGGCCAUGACCUUGGUGCUAUAUGUAUACAGGAAGUGUUGCAAAGAGCAGGAGUUGUACCAGGAAGUGUGUCUGAGGUCAUCAUGGGCCAAGUACUCACUGCAGGUGAUGGUCAGAAUCCAGCGCGACAAGCCAGUGUUAAAGCUGGCAUUCCUUAUGACAUUCCAUCAACAGGUGUAAACAUGCUCUGUGGGUCUGGACUUAAAGCUGUUGCCAUGGGAUACCAAGCAAUCAAAGCAGGAGACUCUUCAAUAGUUGUUGCUGGAGGUCAAGAAAGUAUGAGUAGGGCACGUCAUUGUGCACAUUUGAGAACGGGAAAGAAAUUUGGUGAUAUGACAUUUGUUGACUCUAUGAUCUCAGACGGGCUUACAGAUGCAUUCCAUAAUUAUCAUAUGGGUAUAACAGCUGAAAAUGUUGCACAACAGUGGAACAUAUCCCGAGAUGAACAAGACCAAUUUGCACUCCAGUCACAGCAGAAAUGUGGGGCUGCCAGGCAAGCUGGAUUCUUCCAAAAGGAAAUUGUUACGGUACCAAUAAAAUCUAGGACUGGGACUGAAGAAGUAAAACAAGAUGAGUUUCCGAGACCGAGUACGACAUUGGAAGGUUUACAAAAACUGCGUCCAGCAUUUGUUACCGAUGGUUCUGGUACAGUGACUGCUGGCAAUGCAUCCGGUAUCAAUGAUGGUGCAGCAGCUGUGCUGUUGAUGUCCAGAGAGGAUGCUGGAAAAUUAGGGCUGGUUCCUCUUGCAAAAAUUGUAUCCUGGGCCCAGUCUGGUGUAGACCCUUCUGUGAUGGGUACUGGCCCUAUUUCUGCUGUAAGAAAAGCUGUUGAGAAAGCCAAGUGGACACUUGAGAGUGUUGAUGUGUUUGAACUAAAUGAAGCUUUUGCUGCACAGUCUUUAGCUGUGGUCAGGGACCUUGGAAUAGAUUCGAAGAAGGUAAACAUUAAUGGUGGAGCAGUAGCCUUAGGUCAUCCAAUAGGGGCUUCUGGAGCCCGAGUUCUCGUCACUCUGUUAUAUGGCAUGGAGAGGUCUGGAGCUAAAAGGGGUGUGGCUGCUUUAUGUAUUGGAGGGGGCAUGGGGAUUGCAAUGUGUGUUGAAAGAUAACUGUAUCUACAGAGGUUGGGGCCAAGUGUUGAAAGAAAGAGCGAUGUAAAAUGAGGAACAGGCUGAUGGUUUGUCAGAACAAUUAAGGCAAACAAAAUUUCAAACCCACGUUUGACAGCCAGUUUUAGACUCGUGUACAAAUGAGAACAUUAUACACACAGCUUUGUUAUGUUAAGGUUGUAGGACAAAAGGGGAAGAAACUUUUUACCAGUAUAUACAGUUUAUUGCAAACAGUAGUACCGGUAUGUUAAAUAAAUAUUGAAUUUAUUUUUAUUAAAAAUUAUGAAAAUACUG